UUUAAAAAAUGUCAUUAAUUAUGACAAUUAUCAAUUUACAUGUUAUGCUCACUUUCCCAAUGUAAUCCCCUUAAGCAGGAGAUUGAUCCAAUUGGAAGAUCAUUUCGCAGGAGGCGUACCAUACGCCGACGGGUUUAUAAUGUUCAGACUCCAAAUCAGUUAUGGCAUUUUGAUGGAAACCACAAGCUGGUGAGAUGGCGCAUGGUUUUUCACGGCUGUGUGGAUGGUUUUAGUCGAACAAUUAUAUAUCUCAGGUGCUGUAACAACAACAGAGCCUCUACUGUAUUGUCGCUGUUUGUUAUGGGAGUUUAUAAUUUUGGUUUACCUUUAAGAGUGAGGUGUGAUCAUGGGAUGGAAAACACACUUGUGGCUCGUUACAUGUUAGAAAGGAGGGGCCUCAACAGACGUAGUGUUAUUGCAGGCUUAUCUGUACACAAUCAACGCAUUGAAAGACUGUGGGCAGAGCUCAAUAGAGUUGUCUCUAACAAUUUCAUUAAUCUUUUUAAUUUUAUGGAGGAGCAUGGUAUUCUUGAUUCUUUGAAUGAGGUCCAUCUAUUUUGCCUUCAUUUUGUCUACAUGCCAAGAAUUGAAAGAGCCACAAUAGAGUUCCAAAACCAGUGGAAUAACCAUGGACUCUCCACUCAGAAUGGGCGGACUCCACUCCAGUUGUGGCACACAGGAGUCAUCAACAACGUAGCACAACAAAAUGCAGCUGUCGAUUCUAUUUUUGAGGUAGAUGAUAGUUUUGGAGUAGAUUAUGAUGGGCCUUUACCUGGUAUUCAGACCAAUAAUAAUGUUGUUAUUCCAGAUAUUUCAUUGGGCAUAAAUGACACGGUAGUUAAUUUGAUACAGCACACUUUUGAUCCUCUGCAAAACGAUGGCAAUUAUGGGAUUGACUUAUUUUGCUCAGUAGUAAACUUUGUAGAACUGUUUAAUUCUUAAUCUUAAGUAUUUUUACAUAUGCCAUGUAAAUAUUAAAAGUUAAUGAUUUAAGUUAUA